UUCUUCAGUAGGUUAAGUUACUAAGAGUUUAAGCGAUUUUUAAAUAGGUAACACUUAGAUAUGUUGCGCUUAGCUCUGCUGAUCGGUGUUUUACUACUAGCAAGUGCAGAAGAUAAGGAAAAGGAAGAUGAAUCUCUACUAAAACGUCUAGUGUCUCGACUUCCUAACACUGCCAAUUUAUCAAAAUUGGUGGAAAAGGUGGGUGAUAGUCUAAGAGAGGCUGUUAAUAAACUACCAAAGAAUAAUUCCCUAAUGAAGCUAGCAGAUAGAGUAGACGGAGGGGUAAAGAAGGUUGUAGAUACAAUAAAAUCUCCUGAAUCUUCGGACACACUACACUCUUUAGGUGAAAGAGUGAGAACAGGAUUGAAGACCCUAACAACUCUUCUACCAGCUCCGAAAUCUGACGAUGAUGAUAAAAAGAAAAAACCUUUUGCUUUAGACAUAAAUAUACCACACAUUUUUUCCUUANUUUAUGUUGGCCAUAUCCGUGUUACGUCCACUGUUAGAUUUAAAUAUCAGAAGAAAGAAAAAACAAGAGGAAGCCAAAGAAAGGAAAGACGACAUCGAGAAAGAGGAGGAUGUCAAGAAGGACAAGAAGGAUGUUUAAUAAGAAAAUAA